AUGCCAGUCCGGCCUGGCGCUUCCAAUAUGAUUCUCGAAGAAAUUCAACUCGCCCAUGUCUCCUCGCGAAUCUCUGCUGCUCCAGAUCCAACAUCUCAACCCCAGUCAGAAGAGAGCGAGCUAGAAAGAGGAAAAUUCCGAGUGAUAGCAAUUUUCUCCGCUCUUUCGCUCAGUUGUUUCAUUGCAGCUCUCGACCAGACCAUUGUAUCUACUAUCAUCCCAACCAUUGUCUCAGAGCUCCAUGCUCCCUCAGGCUAUGUCUGGGUCGGAGGCGCAUAUCUGCUUGCCAAUGCCGCAGCAGGCAAUAUCUGGGCGAAUCUGUCAGAUAUAUGGGGACGAAAGCCAAUUUUAUUGGCGACUGCUGCCCUAUUUUUUGGCGCAUCCAUAAUCUGCGCAAAAUCUACCGACAUGACUAUGAUGAUCGUUGGGCGAGCACUGCAAGGCGUUGGCGGAGGCGGAUUAUUGCAGCUUGUCAUCAUCACUAUUUCUGAUUUGUUCAGCGUAAGACAUCGGAGUCUCUAUUUCGGCCUUCUUGAAUGUGUCUGGGCUCUGGCUGGCGCUAUCGGUCCAUUGAUGGGCGGUGCUCUCACAGAAGCCGUCUCCUGGAGAUGGGCAUACUGGAUCAAUCUACCUGUAGCCGGCACAUCAAUUGUCCUAAUCUUUUUCUUUCUAGACAUCCAUAACCCGCGGACCAAAUUUAUGGACGGCAUCAAGGCCAUCGACUGGACCGGCAGCGUGUCCAUCCUCGGACUGACGCUGAUGCUCUUACUAGGACUGAACUUUGGCGGUAGUACCUUUGCCUGGAGCUCGCCUCAAGUCAUCUGUUUGAUCGUUUUAGGUUCUUUGAUGAGUCUGGUCUUUAUCUACUGCGAGAAGAAACUGGCGAAAUACCCGCUCAUGCCACUGAGCGUGUUCAAAACAUCUUCCAACGUUGCAUGCUUCGUGAUUGCUUUCUGUCAGGGAGCGGUCUUUAUGGGCGGCGAAUACUACCUCCCCCUCUACUUCCAAUCCACCAAAGCCGCCUCACCGCUGCAAUCGGGACUUCUCAUCCUCCCCAUCGUGCUAAUGACGGCCUUCUCCGCCGCUCUCACGGGUUACCUCAUCCACCUCACAGGCCGCUACGUAGAACUUCUCCAAUUCGGCAACGUGAUGAUGACGGUCGGCACAGGGCUCUACAUCAACUUCGCCACAGAGUCCUCGCUGGCCAAACUCAUCCUCUACCAAAUCGUCGCGGGGCUCGGCGUCGGCUGCCUCUUCACGGCGCCCACCAUCGCCAUGCAAGCCAACGUCUCGCAAUCCAACACGGCUAGCGCAACAGCAACGCUCAACUUCAUCCGCACGCUCGCCACCGCCGUGUCGGCCGUGGUAGGCGGCGUGGUGUUCCAGAACAGCAUGGCGCUGCGCAAACCCGCGCUUCUGGCCGCCGGGCUCUCGGCGAACCAGACCGAGGCAUUUGCCGGCGAGGAUGCGACCGCCAAUGUCUUGCUGAUCGAGUCCAUUGCGGAUCCCGUGCAGCGUCGGGCCGUGCGCGACGCCUUCUCGUGGAGUCUACGGAAUCUGUGGAUUAUGUACACAUGCAUCGCGGUGAUUAGCGUUGUAGCGUCCAUGUUUGUGCGCAAGACGCAUCUAAGCAAGGACGAGGAGCAUACAGAGACCAAAACAGGUCUUACGAGGGAGAAGACAGACCAAAUCAACCUGUCAUAA